UGCUGAGCCUUGAAAGUCAAGCCAAACGUCUGGAUUUGAACCUAUCGCCUCAAAAACAUUCAUUACUGUCCUACAAAUUCAACAGAGAAGUCAGCCCACUCCCAGUCGCAAAGCACGGAACACUUAUUAGUUUACUUUUGAAAUAAUGAAUCGGAUUCUGGAGAAGGUGAUUCACCAGAAUGGAACGAUCGUGGAUCGCAUUCUAUCGGAACAUACUAUAGGGUAUGUGGUGUCCGAUAACAUGGCCAAUGCGGUGGCCGAAACGUCCUUCGAUAACACAAGUGCCCAGGCGAUCCUGAAGCACUUAAAUGGACUCCUGGUGAGCACCUGCCAAAGUGUCGUCCGGGACAUUGACCCGUCCAACAAACUCUGCUUCAUGCGCCUGGCCACUCGCAAGUUCGAGUAUCUGGUGGCCCCCGAGGAGUACUUCACCAUUACAGUGGUACAAUAGGCCAAACUCUAGUCCUACUGAAGAUUCAUUUGAUUCGAACGGUUCCGCAAGAAAUGCAAAGCUAUUGCUGCAAAACUUAAAAUUAAACUAAAACUUUUGGGAACAAUUUCCUACAAGUGGGUCAAGUUUUAGGAAAUUGUUUCCUUAAAUCUGAAGGUAUUUCCAAACAAACUCGAUUCUUCCAGUAAUAUAAUGUUAUGAGGACAGCAUAAAAAUAUCAGCCAAAACAAAAAUAUAAGAGCUUAGCAAAUAAACAUA